GCCAGCCUCGAAUAAACUGGUGGUCCUCCGUUCGAUUAGCUGAGAACGUGAGAGCUGGAAAGUGGCCGAAAUAUCGCACCGGAAAGUGAACCCAGCUUCGAAUUGGACCUCCUCAAGCCUUGGGUUAAGUCAUUGAUGCUCAUCCACCCUCAUCCAUGAGCUCGUUGGCCGUCCCUUGGGCUGACGAAAUCGUGAGCCAAUACCCCAAAUUAUAGGACCAGAUUCUCGUUUUCCCCGAGUUGCCCAGGAUUGUCGUGGUUGGAAGACCACCCGAUUUAAACUGACCCGCUCGCGUUCUGCCAGUCUCUAUUAAUUGACAUUUCUCAUUCACCCGACUAUUUUCUGCCUAUUUUCUGCCUAUUUUCUGCCAAUCCACCCCUUUCGGCCUCUCUUGGGUCCGGAUUCUCGCAUUUAUUGGCGGGUCAUCCGCAUCGUUCUAGGGGGAAAGGGUUAGCAGAAGCGCGAGCUUGAGGACCAGUAGAAGAGGCCCUGCCAGGUGUAAGGCCCAUCAUGGCAAGUGGUCCCGAGGCCCUGAGCGCCGUGUGCGCUCAGUUGGUGCAGGCGGUGGAGGUGAUGCUGAACCCGAGCGUGCCGCAAGAACAGCGCAUUCAAGCCCUCCAACAAAGCGAGGAGUUCAAGCAGACCUCGCCAUUGGCCGUCGAAUGCGGCUUAGCCUUGUGCGGCGCCCACUAUUCGCCCGUGGUUCGCCAUUUUGGACUCAAGAUCAUGGAGGACAUCAUCAAGUUGCGCUGGAAUGACAUGAAUCCCGAGCAGAAGCUCUUCAUCAAGAACAGUGCCAUGCAAUUGGUGGAAUGCGGCUCGAUCGCCGAGCCCACGCAUCUCAAGGACGGCAUCUCGCGCUUGGUGGUCGAGAUUAUCAAGCGUGAGUGGCCUCAACAUUGGCCUACCCUCUGGUCCGAGCUGGAUGCUUUGUGCCAAAAGGGGGACACGCCCACUGAGAUGGUCAUGAUGAUCCUUUUGCGCUUAGUCGAGGACGUAGCCGUCCUCCAGACCUUGGGACAGACGCAACGGCGCAAGGAGAUCUACCACGCCUUGUCGGCCAAUAUGGAGCAGAUCUUUCAGUUCCUGCUCCAACAACUUGAAAAACAUUACCAGAUCUACUUGUCCGCCCAAAGUCCCGGUCCUGCCCCAUCGCAGAGCCAUUCCGCCCAACAGAACUAUAAAGUUUGUCGAGCCGUGCUGAACGCCUUCGCCGCCUUUGUCGAGUGGGUGCCCAUGUCCUUCAUUAUGGCCAAUGAUCGGUACCUGAUCCGCGUGCUGUGUCAUCUCUUGGGUCAGGAACAACUUCAGUUACCCGCCGCCGAGUGUCUUUUGAGCAUCGUGGGGUGGAAGGCCGGCAAAGUCAAUGAUCGUAUGCAACUCUUAAGACUCUUUGACACCGAGAUGAUGGCGCCGCUUUUUCAGGCCACCGAGGCGGCAAACGCGAAGAAUCUCGAGGAAGAUCAUUACAAUGUGCUCAAGAAGAUGGUCCAGAUCUUUGUCGAAUUGGGGGGUCAGCUGUGUGCCCUGUGGAGUAACGAGUCCGCCGUUUGGUUCAAAGAGGUGCCGGAGCGACGUCCCGCUAACUUUCAGAUCUUCUUGAAUGCCCUGCUGGCUUUUACAAGCCACCCCAGUCAGGUGGUGAACCAUUACGCCAAUGAGUUGUGGGCCAAAUUCUUCCGUCAUGCUGAUAUUGCCAAGGAUGAGAUCUUUGUCACCUACAUCAUCAAGUGGGUGGGAUUCGCCAUGAAGAAAUGCGUCAAAAUUGGCUACCCCACGCGAUCUGAUCAUCCCAGUUGCUCUUAUUCUCAACUCGAUUUUGACUCGGAUGAGGAGUUUGUGAGCUUUUUCGGUCGCUACCGCAUCAUUCUGGUGGAGGGUCUCCGGCUAGUUAGUCAAGAGCAUCCUGAAAUCCCCAUGGGUCUGGUGAGUGAAUGGCUCACCACCCUUUUGUCUCAGGCCCCAAAUUAUGGAGGCACCGCCACCUGCACCGUCGACUCGCCUUGCUAUCUGGAAUUGGACGCUAUUGCCUGCGUGUUAGACGCGGUUCUGUCCAAGCAAACGACAACUUCUAUCCAGCCUCUUCUCGUUUCGGGGACUGGGCUCAUUAAGCGCUGUCUGGAUUACUCAUCCAAUGAUCCCGUCCACGUCUCUGCUUUACUCUCGUGCCUCAGCUCCUUGUUUCCCGUGGUGCACGCCAUGGCGGAUAACUGGCUCCUGCCGGUCAUAACCAAAGUGUUCCAAUGUAUCACCUGGUCUGGGGGCAUGCCCUUGGGAGAGCAAUCGUCUGAUGUGCGGUUCUUGCGCCGUCAUGGUUGCUCGUUAAUGGUCAAGAUCGGGAAUCGCUCUCCCAAGGCCCUGUUGCCUUUGUUCAACCAUCUGCGGGAUGAAAUCAUCAAAAUGCGAGCCCAAAAUCAAAUUGCUCAAAGCGAGUUCGCCACUUUGGUGGAGGGCUUGGUCCUCGUGUCAAACGAGUUUGAGAAUUUUCAAAUGCAAUCGGACUUCAUCAAGUCCAUCUCUCAACCGGUUUGCGAGCAACUUCACAAUCUUGAGGCCCAUAUUCGUUCACCCGCAGCUUUCAUCGCCUUUGUGGGUCUCUCUUCGCCUGCCCCUCCUCUGGAAUCGAACGAUGAUCCUUGUUACCCAAAUCGGAGCCAAAUCUCGUUUUGUAUGAACUUCAUCCUUUCGGUGUGUCGGCGGUCUAAUUGGCCUUCAUCCGAUUUGGAGGCUUGUCGUAGGGGAGGCUUCCUUCUCUCUGAAGGCAAUGGAAAAGUGGCCUUACGUAAUCCAUCUUGGGAGGUGGCAAACUCGUGCCUAAAUCUCGUGUUUCGCUUGGUCAAUACGCUCAAUGCAUUGUGGAAAUCCGAAAACGUGGCUCUUUUUCAUCCUGACUUUGCCAAGGUCCUGACCAUCCUCGAAUCAGAAAAGAACACUAUUUGCGGAGUGGGAAACUACACCAAAAGGAAUGUUCCUCAAGCUCGCACUCCUCUGAGUCGAAUGCAAAACUUCCUAUUCGAAAUUUUCGAGAACAACUACCACUUUCUGACUCAACUUUCUUGCUCAUGUGGCUACGAAUUCUACCAAGUGAAAGACCUCUCCGAAAGCAUCAUCGGGAAUGUGUUCCAUGGAGUGGAGGCCAUUCCUGAUUAUCGCUUACGCGCUGUGAUACGAAUGUUUGUCAAAUCCCUAAUCAAUAAAUGUCCUCGGUCAGCCUACGGAUCUGUGUUGGCGCCAAUCCUCCAAUGUCUGGCCCCAUUCAUGCUGGAACGCCUCACCCAGAGAUGGAAGUACUUGUCUACUCUUCGGGAAUCACCCACAUUCGAUGAGGACAACACCGACUCACAAGAGGUCGUGGAUGAUGUAGUGUGUCGGCAUCUGACCCGGGAGUACCUGGAUGUGGUCAAGGCCAUGUUGACAAGUGGGGAUGGUAGUGACAUUCUCAUAAGCUCCUUCCAACAUACCCGGGAUAGAGCCUUCGACGGCCAAGGGGGAGAUGGUGAUCAAACCCAAGGUCAUGGGAAUGGAACCAAGGCAUCGAACCAAAACAUCCUGGUCUUAAGUGAGUUGGGCACUCAUGCCCUCCACCACGAAUCAUUGGGUAGUUGCAUUAUGGUGACCUUACUCCGGGCAAUUGUGUGGCAAGAUUCGCCAACGUCUGUUCGAGCAUGUUCCUUGCUUGAAUUGGUCCUACCCAAGCUGGUGAAUAGUGGACAAUUGAGGACCGAAGACGCCAAGCAAGUGAUGAUCAGCAUUUUGUCGGGCAUCCAUAUUUUAGGUCAACACGAGGCUAACUACAUUGCCCUAACCCAAUUAGCCAUUCAGGCCUACGAAUGGAUGCGCCCCAACUAUCCUGUGAUAGUCGAGGUUUUGUCGCAAGUGCCCGGCUGUAGCCACGAGGAUUUAAAGCGCUUUGACGAGCAAAUGAUGAGCAUCCUCACGGGCAAAGAGAACAACAUGAAAGGAGGGGAUCGGAGGAAGAAGGACAUGUUCAAGAAAGUGAUCAAUCAGUUCAUUGGCAAGGAUGUGGCAGAGCUAUUUAAACACGAUGUGGUCAUCAAAAACUUGCCCACGCUGCAGUUGCUGAAAUCUCGGCAGAAAACGCCCAGUCUGGAUGAGACUGAAAAAGGCGACAUUGGGCUGGGUUCACUGUUUGCCUCAAACCGAACAUGAUAUUUUCGUUUUUUAUGCCACCCAAAAUUGUAAUCUACUUAUGUUGGUUCUGAAUGAAAUCGAAUCGUAAUUUUCAAAGGUACAUAACUUGGGUUGCUCGUUUCAGA